AAAAUUAAAAAAUAUGGUAAGAGGUCCUAAAAAACACUUAAAAAGAAUAUGUGCUCCUAAAUCAUGGAUGAUUAGCAAAUUAGGAGGAAUUUGGGUAACUAGACCUUCUUAAGGUCCCCAUAAACUUAGAGAAUCUUUGCCUCUUUUUGUUUUAUUAAAGAAUAGAUUGAACUACGCUUUGAAUGGAAGAGAUGUAACUUUAAUUUUAAAUGAUAAGGAAUAAAACGUAUUUGUUGACGGAAAAUGCAGAAGAGACAGAAGUUUCCCUACUGGCCUUAUGGAUGUAGUAAGCAUUCCCAAAACUGAUGAAUAAUUCAGAGUUCUUUAUGACACUAAAGGUAGAUUUGUCCUCAAGACCCUUAACAAAUAAGAAGCAUAAUUCAAAUUACUUAAAGUUAAAGGUAAAGCUAUUGGUCCUAAUUAAGUUCCUUAUAUUGUUACUCAUGACUCUAGAACUAUUAGAUUCCCUAAUCCCAACAUUAAAAUUGGUGAUACAAUAAAAUACGAUAUUGUAAAAAAUAAGAUACUUGAAUUUGCCCACUUAGAAUCUGGUAAUAUAUGCUUUGUUUAAAACGGAAACAACAUCGGAAGAGUUGGUCUUAUUACUCAUAUUGAAAAACACCCUGGUUCCUUUGAUAUUGUUCACGUUAAAGAUACUAAAGGUAACUCUUUUGCUACCAGAAUUGGAAAUAUCUUUGUUAUUGGAUAAGGAAAGAAACCUUGGGUCAGUUUACCUGAAGGUGAUGGUAUAUACGAAACUGUUAUGGAAUAAAGAUAAAGAAAAUUCUCUCAUUGAUUUGAAAAGCAAAAAAAAAUUAUUUUUUUUUGUAAAAUUAUUAUUACAAAAUAAAAUAAUAAUUAUAAGUUAAUAUGUCUUAUGUAUUUCUUUUUUUUUUUCAUAUUUUUUUUUGGUUUUAUUUAAACUUAAAAUAUUAUUUUAAA